UAAAAAAAAGAAGGGAUCGAGCAAGUCUAAGAAACUGAUUCAUUUGAGUGGCAAGCCCUGCCGGGAGAACAGAGAGGGAAGCGGAUCGAGCGGAGCAUACGAGGCGGACUAGGGCACCGUAUUGUUUUUAUACAGACUGCCUGCCUUGAUAAGAGCACACAGAUGGACAACCGGACCACCCCAGAGGAUAAACCUGUGCAACGCUCCAAGUCCUUCAGCUUUAAGACUCAGAAGGAGGUAUGCUCGUCCUGCGGGAAGACUGUCUACCCCAUGGAGAGACUGGUGGCGGACAAACUGAUCUUUCACACGACCUGUUUCUGCUGCAAGCACUGCAACACCAAGCUGAACCUGGGGUCCUAUGCAGCACUGGAGGGCCAGUUCUACUGCAAGCCUCACUACCAGCAGCUGUUCAAGAGCAAGGGCAACUACGACGAAGGCUUUGGCCGCCGGCAGCACAAAGAGCUCUGGGUCGCCAAGGAGGCCGACGGGGUCACCAAGUCCGUGUAGCCCCGCCCACCAGAGGCCUGCCCACACCACUCACAUUCCGAGAUGCAGGGACACGCCCCUUUACAGGGCCCGCCUGUCAUUCCAAACUAUUUAGCUUCAUACAAUCUGCCAUUUAUUUAAAAAGGAAGACAAAAAAACAGUAAUAGCUAA